AUGCCGCCGCCGCCGCCGCCUUCAGAUCUAUCCCGCUAUGUCCUCCCAGACGAAGAGGCCCGGGAGAUCUUCACCACCAAGAUCCUCCCCGCCGACCUCCCGCCGGCUCUCACCCCGCACCCCCGCCGAUCCCGGCCCCUCGCCGUGCUCAUAGUCGGCCAGACCGGCGCCGGCAAAACCCGCUUAGCGCCCGUCAUCCUCGACGAGAUGACCCGCAUCCACCCGCCCGCACACCUGAUCGCCGACGUCUACAAAGCUCACCACCCGUCCUACCGCACCCUCGUCGAGUCCGACAACCCGGCGCACGCCUCGCCCGCCACGGGGACCGACGCGCGCAAGUGGUUGGCCAUGGCCGUCGCAGAGGCUAUCGCCCGCAAGCUCGACGUGCUCCUCGAGAGCGCGUGCCGCCACCCGGACGACUUUCGCGAAUUGGCGCGCAUGUUUGGGGAGGCGGGGUACCGCGUCGAGGUCGUCGUCAUGGCUGUGCCCGCGGCGCUGAGCAGGUUGGGCAUACUGCACCGCUUUUACGAGAGGUUGCCGGAGGCCGGGAGUGUGGGCCUGCCUAUCCGGCUCACGCCGGUGAAGAUCCACGAUGAUUCGUACAGCGGGUUGAUGAGCGUGGCCGAAUGGAUCGACGGGGUGGAUUACGUUGACCGGAUCCUGGUCGUGCGGAGGGGAAACCUGGUUGCGUUCGCCGACGAAAAGACUGGGACGACGGCGAGCAGGUUGCAGGGCAAGGUUGCCGAGGCGGUGGAGAGGGAGCGGAGGCGGCCGCUGACGAAUGACGAGAGGGCCGUGGUGGUGAGGGACCUGGAGAAGCUGACGGCGCGGGAUGCACGGCUGGCGGAGCAGGUGAUGGGACUGCUCGAGCCUCUGUUGGGGGAACAAGACAAGACAUAUCCGGAGUUGCGCCCCUUGGCAUUUCCUCCUGGGGGCUUGCGGGAAGCUACGCUCACGUUGGGCGAGGUGUGA